AUGUCUUACCCAAAGCGUCAGUUAGGGCUGACAGGAGUCGUCGAAAAGCAUCAAGUAUCACCCAAUGACACCAGACUCUACAAAGAACGUGUUGGUACCUCUUCACUAUGCGACAGAUACGAACCCCCUAAUCUACAAAAACUUCCAGUUAACCCAAUGCUAGGAAACUUCGGUACAACCAGGAAUGCUAAAUUGGGGCCGCCCCCAACUCUCACCGUCGCACGCGAGCUUCCAUUUGCUCUCCCCCAGCAUGACUACGACCAUGCUUUCAACGCAGCCACUCUCCUCCCUCACCAAGUUGGAAGGAACUGGACAUAUCCAAUGCUACGCAUCACUUCGCCUCCACUCAUCCAGGCAGGCUGUGUACAUCAUGCCCCCUUUCGCCCCAACGAUACGGCCUUAUGCAGGAACCAGAUCACACCCCUAAUCAACUCUCCUUCGUCCUGCGUUGAAGUUUCUUACAUUCUUCUGUUUCUAUUGGGCAAGUUCACUGUCUCGCCGUGGGCAACAAACAACAUGGCAUCACGCUCCUUUUCCUCCCAGUCCCUCUUGACUGGCUUCCUCCUGACGCUCAUUUCCUCCCCCUUCGCCUCCGCUGAACUCACUCUCGCUUCUAAUCCCCAAACCACAUCCGCUCCCGUCGAGACCGUCUCCCUCAUUGAUGCCAGCGGCAUCCCCAUCACCACCGCCAACGACCCCGCCGACAACGCCUGGGUCAUCCCCCUGACCGGACCAGCCAGCGCUCCCACCGGAGCUGCCUGGGGCGCGCAAAUCCAAUAUAACAGUGACCUGGCUGGAAUACUCCCAGUCGCAUUCGGGACCCCUACCACCACCGCCAAACCCACCGCAACAGCGAUAACAAAAGCAGCAGCAGCAUCAACAACAACAGCAACGUUCGUAUCAGCCGGCUCGCCCGGCCAAAAGAGCGGAAACUUCGAGCUCGCAAUCGCGUUCAGCAACACCCUCCUCCUGUCGCAAGACACAAGUCUGAACAUCACCUCCACCAUAAACAAAACCAACUCAACAACCAUCCCCUCCCUCCCCGUCGGCCUCAACCUCGGCCUCCAAGACAAAUGGAACGGCUCCAUCGUGCUGGGAGGUAACUACGACUCCAAUCGCAUCUACGACGAACCGCACUGGCAAACCACCCCGGAAACCAGCGCCGGCAACACCAGCUUCAUCGAUACAGGCAUGCUAGACAUCAGCGCCGUUAUCCUUGAACUCUACACCACCCCUAACGCUACAACCAGCAGCGAAGACGCGGAAUACCCGUUCGGCGGUACCAGCGUUCAGGAGACGAGUAAAACUCUCCCCGCCAUGCUGGACUUUAAUUCGGAGUUCCUGUCCGUGCCGGAUGAAUCCUGGUGCGGACGGAAUAUCUCGAUCGUAUUUAAUCCGGAUAGCGAGUCAUAUCCGAUAUUUGAUAUUCCAGUUUGGGCCGAGCUGGUUCCCAAGGAGAGGUGUCAGGUAUCCAGUGGUGAGGUUGUGCUUGGACGGCCGUUCUUCCAGGCUGCCUAUGUGUAUGUGAACUCGGCGGGCGAUGUGUAUUUCAGUUCGAUCACUACGGAGGACGUGGAUGUUGCGACCAAGCCGUUUGACUUGCAUGUGCAGCUUUCGGAGGAGGUCAAUGGUACUGAGACUUAUGGGGGAGGGAAUGGAACGGCGACAGGGUCGGGGAGUGAUGCAACGGGGACCUCGGGGGCGGGAAGGUUAGGUGUUGAGGGGGUUUGGGGGGUGGUUGUGGGGAUGGGGUUGUUGUUACUGAUGUGA